GGAGAUGAUGUGCGUCGUCCUCUCCAAGGUCGGCGACGUGCCGCCGGAGCAGCUCGACCCGCAGGUCCGGAUCUGGGCGGCCAAGGUCCGGGAGCUCUCCUACAACAUGGAGGACGCCGUGGACGCCUACAUGGUCCGCGUGUACGACGGCAGCCAUGGCGACCUUGGCCCCAACAACCUGAAGAACAGAGUCAAGAAGUUUUUCAAGCGGACCAAGAAGCUGUUGAGCAAGGGGAAGGCUCUUCAUCAGAUCUCCGGCGCCAUCCAAGACGCCCAGGAGCUCGCCAAGGAGCUGGGUGAGCUCCGUCAGAGGUACGCGCUUGAGGCACGCGCCGACGGUGUGGGGAACGCCAUUGAUCCUCGCCUUAAGGCUGUGUACAGAGAUGUCACAGAGCUUGUAGGCAUUGAGGGCAUAAGGGAUGAGCUGAUAGAGAAGCUCCUUGGUCAGGAUGAGAGGUCCAAGCAGCAGCUCAAGACAAUGUCUAUUGUUGGAUUUGGUGGAUUGGGUAAGACAACGCUUGCCAGGGCUGUGUAUGACAAGAUCAGAGAAGAAUUCGACUGUGGAGUGUUUGUUUCGAUGUCUCGGAAUCCUGACAUCACAAAGAUUUUCAAGAAGAUGUUGUAUGGGCUCGACAGCAGUAAGUUCACAAACAUCAACGAAGCUGUCAGGGACAACCAACAGCUCAUCGAAGAGCUGAGAGCGUUUCUUCAGGAUAAGAGGUACUUAAUCAUGAUUGAUGACAUAUGGGAUGAAGGAGCCUGGGAAAUUAUCAACUGUGCUUUCUCUAAGAGCGAUCUUGGCAGCAGAGUAAUAACAACAACCCGCAUAACCAGUAUCGCUCAAGCAUGUUGCCCUUCUAGUGGUGAUAUUAUUCAUAAGAUGAAGUCCCUUGAUAAUGAUGACUCUAAAAGGCUCUUCUGCAAAAGAAUAUUUCCUCAAGGAAGUGAAUGCCCCGUUGAACUGGAGCAAGUAUCUAGAGAAAUUUUGAAGAAAUGUGGUGGCGUGCCGCUAGCCAUCAUUACUAUAGCUCGUCUGCUAGCAGGUAAUUAUCAACAAAUAAAGCCAAAGUAUCAAUGGGACAACAUACUCAGUUCUAUUGGCCGUGGACUUGCAGAAGGUGGUACCGCGAAGGAUAUGCAGAGAAUACUAUCCUUUAGUUACUAUGAUCUACCUUCUCAUCUGAAGACUUGUUUAUUAUAUCUCACUAUAUUUCCGGAAGAUUAUGAGAUAAAUAAAGACAGGUUGAUAUGGCGGUGGAUAGCUGAAGGCUUUAUCCAAGGUGGAGAACAAGAAAUUAGACUAUUUGAUCUUGGAGAGAUAUACUUUAGUGAGCUGGUAAACAGAAACUUGAUACAGCCAAUAGCUGUUGAUGUUGAAGGUAGGGUGGGAGCUUGUCACGUGCAUGAUAUGGUACUUGAUCUCAUAUGUUGUCUAUCAAGUGAAGAAAACUUCAUUACUAUAUUGGAUGGUACUAAGCAAAGCAAAAAUAAUUCACAUAGCAUGGUUCACUGGUUAUCUUUUCAGAAUAGCAUGUCAGAGCUCACCACCCAUAGCUUCGAUGCCACAAGUACGUUGAAGUUGAGGUCAAUUACUCUGUUUAGAACUGAUGCUGAUCUGAUCCAGGCUCUUUCAAGAUUCAAAGUUUUGCGUGUGUUGGACUUAGAAGGUUGUAAUCUCAGCGAAAGUAGUCAUCAGAUUGACCUUAGGUAUGUUGAGAAUUUAUUACACCUGAGGUACCUAGGGCUACGAAAUACACGUGUUAGCGUUCUCCCCACGGAAAUAGGAAAGCUACAAUUUUUGCAAACACUGGAUUUAAGAAUCUGAUGACCACAG